ACGUAUAUCAACUCGAGUUAUCCCUAACGGACACUUCCAGUUCCCAGCUCUCACAAUGUCGCUGCUUCACACCCACUGUCCCCCCAUUCUCCUUCCUCUCAACCGUCGCAAGACCAACUUCCUUCUCCCUCUUUCGAAUCACAUACCCGCCUAUCCCCGUCGCCAAUUGCUGCGGAUCUUCUGCGCCAAGAGAACCGGCAAGCGGAGAUACCCAUCGGAGAAGAAGAAGCUGAAAUUGAAGCAGAAAGAAGCCCUACGCACUGUCGAUAACAAGUUUGAAGGCGUCUGGAGGCUCUCCAAGCUCGCCGUCUCUGUCCACAACGACCCUGGGAAGGACUUUCUCGAAGUUCACGACGGCCUGCUCCAGGAGAUUGCUAAAGUCCUCAAGUUUCCGGUUGCCUCAAUGUUGCCACCAGAAGCAUUUUCAAUAGUUCGCAAAUCUUUUGAUGCAAGGAAGAUGCUGAAGGAGCCCAAGUUUGUAUAUACUGUGGACAUGGAUGUUAGUAAGCUCCUGACUCUAGAACCUCGCACUUGGGACUUCAUUUCCCGGUUGGAGCCAAAACUUGGGCUUGUAGAUCACAUGCCUUGUGAAAGAGUCUGCUGUGAUUUGUUCAGUAUGAUACGCAAGCAUAAAAGAAACAAUGAUUGUACCUCGUCAGGGGGACAAGAAGAAAAAAUUAGCAGCAGUUCUGGUUAUUUAUACAAGUUGUCAACAAUCAGAAAACCAAAAAUUGCAGUCGUGGGGGCUGGUCCAUCAGGCUUGUUUGCUUCUCUGGUUCUUGCAGAAUUUGGUGCUGAUGUUACAUUGAUAGAAAGAGGGCAAGCAGUUGAACAGAGGGGACGUGACAUUGGUGCUUUAGUUGUUCGCCGAAUUUUAGAAUCAGAAAGCAAUUUUUGCUUUGGGGAGGGUGGUGCAGGUGCCUGGAGUGAUGGAAAACUUGUGACUAGAAUCGGAAGGAAUAGCGACAGUGUUUUGGCGAUCAUGAACACCUUGGUUCAUUUUGGGGCUCCAAAAAAAAUCUUGGUUGACGGGAAGCCUCAUUUGGGAACAGAUAGGCUGAUUCCUUUGCUCCGUAACUUUCGUCAACAUCUACAAACAUUGGGUGUUACUAUCAUGUUUGGUAAGAGGGUGGAUGAUCUGCUUAUACAAGAUGGAUGCGUUGUGGGGGUUAGAGCUUCCGACUCAAGGGAUAAAUUAAAACUGGGUUGCCAUACAUUGGAAUUUGAUGCAGUUAUUUUGGCUGUUGGGCAUUCUGCACGUGAUAUUUAUCAAAUGCUUCUUGCUCAUAACAUGGACUUGAUCCCAAAAGAUUUUGCUGUCGGUUUGCGGGUUGAGCAUCCUCAGGAUCUGAUCAAUAGCAUUCAGUAUUCUGGAUUGGCCAAUGAAGUUCGUAGUGGACGUGGGAAAGUACCAGUGGCAGAUUAUAAGGUUGCUCAGUAUGGUAUUGAUGAGCAUGAAAACUCAACAUGCAAGUUGGUGACUUCAAAUCGUAGCUGUUAUUCCUUCUGCAUGUGCCCUGGUGGACAGGUUGUUCUCACUAGUACAAACCCAUCAGAGCUCUGUAUCAAUGGCAUGUCAUUUUCUCGUCGUUCAUCUAGGUGGGCAAAUGCUGCUCUCGUUGUCACUGUCUCUACGAAGGAUUUUGAUGCACUGAAUUUCCAUGGACCUCUAGCAGGGGUUGAAUUUCAGAGAGAAUUUGAGCAAAGAGCAGCUAUGAUGGGAGGGGGGAACUUUGUGGUGCCUGUACAGACAGUCAGUGAUUUUAUGGAAAGCAAGUUGUCAGUGACAUCUCUGCCACCAUCAAGUUAUCGGUUGGGUGUGAAGGCAGCAAGUCUCCAUCAGUUGUUUCCAAGUUACAUGACAGAUGCAUUACGACAUUCUAUCUCAAUGUUUGACAGAGAGCUACCAGGAUUUAUCUCCAAAGAGGCCCUUCUUCAUGGAGUAGAGACCAGAACUAGCUCUCCCAUUCAAAUCCCCCGUAGAAGUGACACUUAUGAGAGUAUAUCCUUAAGAGGGCUCUAUCCAACUGGUGAAGGAGCAGGUUAUGCUGGUGGAAUUGUAAGUGCAGCAGUUGAUGGGAUGCAUACAGGUUUUGUAGUGGCAAAACAGUUUGAUCUGUUUCAUGGUGAUAUAGAGUCGAUUUUAGGAAAGGCUCUUGGCACUGGAUUUGUCAAGUAUUAAAAAGGAGUUCCUCUCAUCGAACUUACCCUGAUCGAUGACUUGACAACGCCCUCUACAGGAGGAUUACAGAUUCAACUGGUUUUAUUUGAAAAAAUGCUUUGGCAAGACCAUGAAAUAAGUAACAGGCAGUCAAGUUUUAGAGCUGAAUCAAAAGGAUUGUCAACAUUAAUCAAAGAGUUAAAAGUCUUGAAAUUUAGAUGGACGUUACUCAAACCAAAGACACAUAAGGAAUUUGUUAUUAGGAAACCCAAAAAUUAUACCAAAAGAUUUCCUUUUUCUGUAUGAUUCAAUAAUUUGAUUCUUACACAAUUUUGUUCAAUACAUUUUGCUUUUUAUU